UUAUUUCAAUGACUCACGAGCAGGGCAUAUAAAAGGAACGCGCAGGGGCUUCUUAAGUAGAUCAAGAUAGAGCGUAAAGUGCAAGGAAACGGAAGAUCGACAUACAGUAUACUUACACGAAACUUACCAUAAAUCUGAAACUUUUUGAGAAUUUUAAGUGACAAUGGAGACAGGGCAGUCGGCAGUACUCUUCUGUCUAAUUCUGCUGUUUGCGGCAGACCAGGUGAACGUUAAGGGAGAAAUGACAGUGGAUAGCGAUGCAACUUCCAUGCAAUAUCUCCUUGCCUAUGGGUGGGUUACCCCUCAAGAUCCCAGGACCGGCGCUCUCAGAUCAGAGGAAUCGGUGAAAAACGCCAUCAUGGAAUACCAGCAAUUUGCAGGCGUGCCCAUGACAGGCAUCAUUGAUGAUGACACAAAGAGAAUGAUGAACAUGCCACGUUGUGGUAACUCGGAUAGAAUCGGAACUGGAAGCGUGGGAGGCCGAAGGAAAAGAUACACUUUACAAGGCAGCAAAUUCCCAAAUAACGAGGUCACCUACACCAUCAGUCAGUAUACCCCCGACAUGGUCGCGGCUGACGUGGAUCGAGAAAUUGCCAGAGCUUUUCAAGUGUGGAGCAAUGUCACCCCAUUGCGCUUUAUACGACGUGACACUGGCAAAGUUGACAUCGAGAUUAAGUUUGUAGCUGGUAGUCAUGGUGACGGCAACCCUUUUGAUGGCAGAGGACGCACUCUGGCCCAUGCUUACUUUCCACAGUUUGGUGGCGAUGCUCAUUUUGACGAGGAUGAGCCAUGGACCCUGAACACUAGAUCUGGGGUAAACCUGUUCCAAGUGGCAGCCCACGAAUUUGGUCACUCUCUUGGGCUUUCCCACAGUGACGUGCAGAGUGCGUUGAUGGCGCCUUUCUACAGAGGAUAUGUCCCUGAUUUUAAACUGGACACAGACGAUAUCAUGGGGAUUCAGGAACUUUAUGGUCGUGCACCAGUGGUCGUUAAUCCUCAACCCAACCCCGCCACAACUACUACCAUGCCUCCACCCCCCUCUGGGGCCCCUGACAUCUGCAACAUGAGAAACUUUGCUUUAGAUGCUGUUACCACCAUGUCAGAUGGCAGCACCUACUUCUUCAGAGGUGAUUAUUACUGGCGUCGCUCCAAUCGUAUGAUUGAUCAGGGUUUUCCUCGCCGUAUCUCAGAUGACUUCCCAGGACUUCCUGGAAAUCUUGAUGCAGCCUUAACCUGGCCUAAUGGAUAUACAUACUUUUUCAAGGGUUCCCAGUAUUACAAGUUCCGUCUGCAAACCCCCGUGGCCGGUUUCCCAAGACCAAUCAGUAGAGGCUUCUCUGGUGCCCCUAAUGACCUUGAUGCAGCAUUUGUGUGGAGUGGCAACGGAAAGACAUAUUUUAUCAAAGGUGACAAGUACUACCGUUACACCAGCUACCGUGUGGACUAUGGCUACCCCAGACCUCUCAGUGUAUGGAGGGGGCUUCCUUCUAAUUUGCAGUCAGCUUUCAAGUUUGGAAAUGGAAGAACCUACUUUUUCAAAGACGACAAAUAUUACAGAUUUAAUGAUAGAGAUUUCCAGAUUGACAACGGUUACCCUCGUAGCACUCGUCAGGUGUGGUUUGGCUGUGCAUCGCCAGUUAAGGAAGUUCCAGCUGUGGACAGCAAUACAGGGGGUUUCAAAAACACCAACCCCUUGGAUGGCAACCAGAACCAGUGGGUUUUGGCAGGCGUUAAUAUGACCACCACCGUGGAAACGACACAGACUAGCGGGAGCGGUGUCGUAGCUGGAAGUCUUCUGUCACUUGUUGUAGCUUUCUGUUUGUCUCUUUGGUUAUAAGGGCGGUGUGUUUUUGACUGGGAGAGAGAGUUUUUUUGUUUGUCUGCCUGUCUGUCUGUCUGUCUGUUCGUGUGAUUGCGCGAGAAGAAUUUACAAUGAAUCAGUAUUGCACAAGAGCAUUUACACAUUUCUGUUAAGCUUGUAUUUUAAGUACACAGACUUUUUUCAUUAGAUGAGAAAAUAUGAACGCCGUUAUCCACUAUUAGUGCAUAUUUCCAUUUUUGAAACAAAAUUGUAAACUUCUAUUUGUCUUUGUUUAGUCAUUCAAGUUAUAUUUCACAUCCAAUUUGUUUUUUAACAAUUGUCCAAUUGUCUUUUGAAAGAUAAUCUUGUAUGUUGAUAGAACAAUUACAUUGUAUUUAUACUAAUGUGAACAUUUUUAAGAUAUUAGUAAGAUCAUUUGUAGGUGUUAGAGAUCCCCAUUUUAUGCCAUUUGUAUAUUAAGUCUGCAUUUUCAUGACACCAGAUCAAAUCCAUUUCUUAACCAGCAGGCAUUAUAUGUAGCUUUAAGUGUUUUCUAUCCUCCUUUAUUUAAUACUUUUUAAAUUGUCAUUUUGCAUUUUAUAAAAAAAUACAUUACAGUUCUGUGACAUUGACUGUCAUGUGACAUGCGCUGGCGCAUGUUUUCAUACUCAUGCAAUAAACUGUUUGAAAUUA